AUGACCCCGGGUCAAGCAGGUGUUCAGCGGCAUGCGGCGACAGUGCCUAUGUUUCUGAAUGGCAAGAAGGUCCAGUCAGAGACCAACACCUUUUAUGACGUGCACAACCCAGCGACCGGCGAGCUCAUCGCGCGGACGCCGCAGUGUACGCCGGCGGAGCUCUCCUCGGCGGCCGAAAGCUGUGCCGAAGCCUUCAAGACCUGGCGCACCACCCCGGUCUCCACGCGUGCGCGGGUGAUGCACAAGUUGGAAGGUGCGAUUCGAGACAACACCGAUGCCUUAGCCAAAGUCCUCACACAGGAGCAGGGCAAGACCAUUGCAGACGCCAAAGGCGACAUCUUCCGAGGACUUGAAGUGGUCGAGAUGUCCUGUAACAUUCCGUCCAUGAUUCAAGGAGAUACCUUGCCCAACGUGGCCAACGGUGUGGAUGUGCAUUCCUAUCGACGGAUCCCCCUGGGCGUUUGCGCGGGCAUUGCGCCCUUCAACUUCCCAGCGAUGAUCCCGCUUUGGAUGUUCCCACCGGCCACGACCACAGGGAACACCUUUUUGAUGAAGCCUUCGGAGCGAGUGCCGCUCUCGGCCAUGAUGUUGGCGGAGAUGGCCAGCGACUGUGGUUUGCCCCCGGGCGUGCUCAACGUGGUGCACGGCGGGCACGACACCGUGAAUUUCUUGUGCGAUAAUGAGCACAUUCGAGCUGUCUCUUUUGUGGGUGGCAAUGCUGCCGGCAAGCACAUCUAUGAGCGUGCAGGACGCAAUGGUAAGCGUGCGCAAUGCAAUCUUGGGGCGAAGAACCAUGCGAUCGUGCUUCCCGACGCCGAUCCCGAAAGCGUGGUCAACCAGCUCGUCGGUGCCUCCUGCGGCGCAGCAGGGCAAAGGUGCAUGGCCAUUAGCGUGGCCGUCUUCGUGGGUGCCUCGAAGGAGUGGAUUCAGCGCAUCGCUGCCUCGGCGGCCAAGCUCCGCGUGGGUCCCGGCGAGGCGUCGAGCACCGAUGUGGGGCCCCUCAUCUCACGCCAGGGGGGGCGAAGAAGAGAGUUGAGGAUUUGCGCCUUGGGUGAAGAGGUGGAUCGGAUUGACACCGGAGUCUCUGAGGGCGCCAAGCUGCUCUUAGAUGGGCGCUCCGCCUCGGUCCCGGAGGCCAACAAGGAGGGCUACUUCGUGGGCCCCACGGUCUUCUCAGAGGUCAAGCGAGGGAUGCAGAUCUAUGAGAAUGAGAUUUUCGGACCGGUCUUGGCCUGUGUGGAGGUCGACACCUUUGAAGAAGCCAUCCACUUCGUCAACGCGAACCCCUAUGGCAAUGGCACCGCCAUCUUCACGCGCAGCGGCGCAGCCGCGCGGAAGUUCACCGAUGAGAUCGAAGCGGGCCAGGUCGGUGUGAAUGUGCCAAUCCCUGUGCCUUUGCCCAUGUUUUCCUUCACUGGAAACAAGAAGUCCAUCUUGGGGGACUUGAACUUCUAUGGCAAGGCGGGUGUGAACUUCUUUACCCAGCUGAAGACGGUGACCUCCGCCUGGCGGGAUGACAGCCACUCGUUCUUGCGCGGCACCCGUACUUGGACUCCGGCCGUCCGGUCGCUGUUCCGCCGUGUUCGCCCUGUUCGCUCGUCCACGGACGUGAGAGACGAACGACUGUCCGACCGGACGGUGUCGGAUGUGGCGGUCCAACGGUCCGAUGGUGUCAAGGUCACAUUGAGAAGCUCAGCACUGCAGGGGUUGGAGCUCAGUGAGCUGUACCUCAGCAUCGCACGCAGAAAGCAGAAAGCGGAGCGUGCAGCCCUGCGCGGCAUGAAACAUGAGGAGUUCAGCAACUUCUACUGGCAUGACACGGCCUUCCGUUUCGUGAUGCCUGACUUUGCAAAGCAGAGCUGGACGCCGCCCGAGAUCGACUGCCAUUUCAGCGAGAAGGAUCCUCGUGCCACCCAGGCCAUCAUGGCAAUCAAGGCGUCGCUCUUCGAUGACGCCGAGACCUUCAAGCUCAUCGAUGCAGCGGUCACUCCGAGCGAGACCAAGGCCUUGGGAAGGAUGGUGAAGAACUUCAACGAGGAGCUUUGGUCCAAACACCUGGACCAGACCGCCUUUGAAGUGGUCUUCCAGAAGUUCAAUUCCUCAAAGAGCCUCAGCUUUCAGAAGAGGAGAUUGAGGGAGUUGCUCUUGAAGACAGGGAAGACCCUGAUUGUGGAGGCGGCGCCCAACGACCGCAUUUGGGGAGUUGGCAUCGCCAAGAGCGGUGACAUGCGACUCGGACUUCAGAAGAUGCGGCAGUACCGUCGUGUUGAGACCGGUGGCGAAUUGGAUGCGAUCGCCGUAUUUGGGAUCCAAAGCAAUGGGACGCCUGGCUGGCCGGUCUUUGGCACACCGUUGGAUGAGGAAGGGAAGAAUGUGUUGGGAAAAGCCUUGAUGCAGGCGCGCGAUCGGCUCAUGGGCGGCCCAGCGGAGGCAGCACCAGAGCCGCAGCGGAUUGACUCCGCUGGAGCGUCCGAGGCCACCACGGCUGCACCGGAUCCCAAACGUGGGCGCUGGCAGAAGUCCGAAGCGGCGAAAGCGAAGGCGAAGGUUGCUUGCGACAAGCAACGGGACAUCAAGACCUUGCUGACUCAAAGUCAGGAGCUUUGCGAGUCUCCAGAGUGUGCGAGCGACUAUGUGGCUUGGCGGCUGUGGGAAGAGCGGGAUUGCUAUGUGGUGUUGGACUUCGAGGCGACCUGUUGGGAGGGCCGACAUGCAGACCAGGAGAGAGCGUUCCGAAAGGGCGCACCGCGCGCCCGGGCGCACGCGAACUCGUGGGACGCGCCCUCGGAAUGCCUUCGUGAGGAGAUUAUCGAGUUUCCAUUGGUCCUGGUGGACGCCAAAACCUUGACCCAGGUGGAUGAGUUCCGCACUUACGUGCGCCCGGAGCAGAACCCCACUCUGAGCCAGUUCUGUACCAAGCUCACUGGGAUCACCCAAGAGCAGGUCUCGGAGGCGCCCACCUGGCCCACGGCCCGCGAAGUGGCCAAGGCCUGGCUCGAUGAUCGGCUCUCCGGCCACGGCUAUCGCAGGUGGUUAUUGGUGACCUGUGGAGAUUGGGAUUUAAAGACGAUGUUGCCCAUGCAGUGCAAACUUGCUGGUGAGCCUGUGCCCGCUCCAUUCCAGACCUGGCUGAACAUCAAGCGACUCUUCAGCGAAGUCACCGGAGAGAAAGCCACGGGCAUGGAAGGCAUGCUGGAGGUGUUACAUUUGGAGCUGGAGGGCCGGCACCAUUGUGGUUUGGACGACUGCAAAAACAUUGCCAGGAUUCUGGAGGAGCUGCUGAAGAGAGGUGGAACCAUCAAGGAGGAGCUGCUUUGGCCGAGGACGGGUGGCUACAAAGGCUCGGGCAGGUGA